AUGGUGUAUAACAAUAGCAUGACUGGAUUCAUUCUCUUUGGGUUGACACAGUAUCCAGAAAAACAGAAGGCACUAUUUGGACUAUUCUUGAUACUUUACCUUCAGACUCUAAUAGUGAACUUUCUUAUUGUGGUGACCAUUAAGUUAAGUCAGACUCUUCAGGGUCCCAUGUAUAUUUUCCUCUUCUAUUUGUCUUUUGCUGAUGCUUGUUUCUCUACAACUACAGCCCCUAGACUGAUUAUGGAUAUUUUCUCUCAGAAAAAAAUUAUUACCUACAAUGAAUGUAUGACUCAGGUCUUUGCAGUUCACUUUUUUGGGUGCAUGGAGAUUUUUGUGCUCAUCUUCAUGGCCUUUGACCAUUAUGUUGCAAUCUGUAAGCUUCUAAGAUAUACAAAUACAAUGAGCCAGUGUAUCUGCAGUGUACUAGUGAUUCUUGCCUGGGUGGAAUCUUGGAUCCACUCUUCAGCACAAAUUUUCUUGGCCUUAAGAUUACCAUUCUGUGGCCCAAAUGUAAUUGAUCACUAUUUCUGUGAUUUGCAUCCCUUGCCGAAACUUGCCUGCAUGGAUACCUAUGUGAUAAAUUGGCUAGUUGUGUCUAAUAGUGGUGCAAUAUGCAUGUUAAGUUUCAUACUUAUGCUUAUUUCCUAUAUCAUCAUCUUAUACUCCCUGAGAAACCACAGUGCAAAAGGAAGACAAAAGGCCCUGUCAACAUGCACUACUCAUUUCAUUGUGGUGAUCAUAUUUUUUGGUCCCUGUAUAUUUAUAUACACACGACCACCAACCAUUUUUCCAAAAGACAAGAUGGUAGCUGUAUUUUAUACAAAUGGGACACCUUUGCUCAACCCUCUUAUCUAUACUCUGAGGAAUGCAGAAGUAAAAAAUGCCAUGAAAAAAUUAUGGUGUGGUAAAGUAUGA